AUCUCCCAGCGAGGCAUCUAGCGCAGCUCAGGCAGUAGCUGGUACAGGGCCAGCAAGCCAGGCGGCAUCUGCUCAGCCCUGCUUCCUGCUCGCAGCCGUGUGCACGCGCGCUAGGCUCUGCCACCAGCUGCCAGCAUCUUCCUCCUCUAGCAUCCUCCGGCAGCAUCUGCUCUGGGUACCAGCCUCCCAGCUCCAGUCGCAGGCAUCGCCUCUCUGGGCACCCACAUCCCGGCACCCCCUCUCUGGGGCAGCGAGGGAGCCCCCCAGGGAUGCAGUGAAGGCGGGCACGGAGGAGGCGAUUGGGAGAAGCAGACGGAAUGGGCACAGUGCAGGCAGCUCCUUAGGGCUCGCGGCGCAUCCGGAUCCCCUCUCCGGAGAGCCAUGGGGGUGCUGAUGUCCCGGCGCCAGACAGUGGAGCAGGUGCAGAAGGUCAGCCUGGCUGUCUCUGCCUUCAAGGACGGGCUGCGGGAGCGGCCCUCCACCAAGCGCAAGGCAGAGGCAUGGGGCGGGCGGCGGGGGACACUGGAGCAUGUGGUGCAGGAGGUGCAGGAGGAGGAGGAGGAGAGGCCAGAGGCCGCUGGCCCCUCACAGACGCAGCGGGAGAAGAGCCGUGCGAACCGGGCGGCCUGGGAAAGGCUGCGGGACGGACGGGGUGUGGAGCCGGAGGAGUUCGACCGUGCCAACCGCUUCACUCCGCCGGCCUUCGUCCGGCCCACGCGCGAGCUGCACGACGACGAGCCGCUGGAGAUCAGCCUGGAGCAACGGGAGCAGGUAAGCAGCGACGAGAUGUGCGAGAUCUGCGAGGUGUGGACGGCGGAGAGCCUGUUCCCCUGCAGGGUGUGCACCCGGGUUUACCACGACGGCUGUCUGCGUCGCAUGGGCUUCCUGCACAACAGCAGCGCCGUGGAGGUGACGGAGACGGCGCACACCGAGACGGGCUGGAGCUGCUACUACUGCGAUAACCUCAACCUCCUGCUGACGGAGGAGGAGAUGUACAGCCUGAUGGACACCUUCCAGCAAUGCAAGAUCAUCCCCGAGACCUGCCUGACGCAGGACAAUUUCCUGCACUACAAGCACCUGCUCCACAAGUGCCACUUCGAGAGGCCGAUGAGCGAGGAGCAGGAGGAGCGAGCUGCCCUGCAGUUCUCCGCGCUGGACCCCGACAAGAAGGGCCACGUCGAGUGGCCAGAUUUCCUCUCCCACGAGUCCAUCGUGCUGCUGCAGAAACUCCGGCCACAGAAUUCCCUGCUGCGGCUAUUGACAGCCAAGGAGCGGGAGCGGGCGCGAGCCACCUUCCUGCCCCUCAGCCAGGACAGCCAGGGGCUGAUCAGCGAGGGCGAGUGCCGGAAAGCCCAGCACACGUGGUUUCGGAAGCACCAGAAGGAGGCCCCAUCCUGCAACGUCAGCAUCAGCCAUGUGGGGCCCAUGUCAGAGAGCAGCCCAGCCAGCAGCGGCAGCAGCAGGAGCCAGGAGAAGACCCUGCUGGGCACAGAGCAGGAGGAAUCCAGCAGGCCUGUCGACUGGCCGACCUUCCUGAAGGAGAACGUCAUCUACAUCCUCGCCGCCCGCCCCAACAGCGCCGCCAUCCACCUGAAGCCGCUGGCGUAGCUGCCGCCCGGGACAGGGGCCGGGCGAGGGCUCCCAGCCUGGACGAUGCAUGAGCGGGGGGAGGCCGGGCGCAUGGAGCCCAGCACUAGCCAUUGUGUUCUGUAUUCGCUGAGCUUGCAGCUGGAGGAGCUGACAGGCUGCUUCACCCGCCGGAGGGGCGCUCCAGCCUGCUGCCCUGUCUCCCAUGGGCCUCGGGGAGCCACACCCGGCUCCCCGGCCCUCACCCAUGUCCCUUCUGAUUGGCGGAGCGAGGCCCCAAACCCCGCACCACGCCCGGCCACCCCCCCAGCCCACUAGAGUUCUGGUUUCUGACUGGCUGAGAGGGAGCUUCUCCCCCCCCAACCCACACGCAAUUUGGCAGACUUCUGAUUAGCGGAGAGAGGGCUGAACGCAAACAGUCCAGCAGCGUUCUGGCUUCUGAUUGGCCGAGAAAGCCCAUACGAUCCCCCACGGUUUCCAGCGUCGAGGUCACCCUGCACCGUUGCUGCGGGUCGGCGGCCCGGGCGUGACCCCGGUGGCUGUGGACUAACGAGCCCCCGGCUGGCCUGGCACUGGCACUGGCACUGGCAUGCCUGCUGGAGAGCAGAGGGAGGCAUGUUGGCUGGGCCGGGGCCAGAACGGCCUGCAGGGCUGCCCUGCAGCUGGCAAGCUGGGCUGGGCACCGUCCCAGUCUCUCCCCUGCUCUCUGGGACCACCCCGGCCCCAGACACACACACCAAAGGCUCUCAGGGCUGGUCCCCAGCGGCCAGGGCAGUGUUACCCUCUCCGCUCUGCACGGCGGCUCUCAACACCCAUAUUCCAGCCUCCCUGGGUGAGCCGAUCCCCGGCUGGAAGAGUUGGGCACGGAGCAAGAGCCGAACGCCGUGAGACCCCAGCAAGGACGUGGCAUCGCAGGCCUGGGUCGCCUCUCACCACCACCACAAGGACAGCAGUGUGACUGCUACCACGGAGCUGCUCCUGGUUCACACCCGUCUCCGGGGGAAGACUCAGGCCCUGGUCUCUGUCCAAGCGACAGUCCUGCUUUGGCCAGGAGGGCUGGGUGGGGGACAGGGUGGAUUCAGAGCCACCAAGCAGAACAGCUCAGUGUCCCCAGGGGGGAGCUGCUUUCCUCAGGCUGGCAAACACCCGGCCCACCGCUGUGGCUGCAUAAACAAGCCACAGAGAACUCCCUUUGAGCAGCUCCACCUCCUGGCCUCCUCCUAGCUCAGGCGCCAGGUGCCGCUCUGCCAGCCAGGGGCCCGUCAGGACAAUCCUGAGCGCUGGGUGGUGUGUCGGCUGCUUGUCACGGGGCCGGAUUCCCCUCUCGGUCCCACCACUGUCAGCUCCAGUGAAGUGAGCCUGGUUCACUGCGGUGAGGUUGUGGGGGGUAGAUCAGGCCCCCUGUGUUUCUGGAGCGAGGACAUGGUAGGAGCCGUAGAAGCGUUGCCGUUAACGUAACCUGGGCCUCACGUCGGGAUGUCUUUCUAGAAGACGCUUGCUAGCUCACCCACCAGUGCUGGGCUGGAUGCAGGCGUCACGGGGUGGGGUUAGGCAGGAGGGCAGACUGGAGGGUCAUAGUGGUCCCUUCUGGCCUUGCCAUGCGUGAAGAAGGGAGGCGAGUUUCUUGUGAUUUCUUAGUCCUCUCAAUGUUGUCAGAUGCCAACUACCUGCCUUUACUACACAGCAUCACAUGUCUGCGAAUUCUGAGACCUCCGUCAGACCUUAUGGAAUCCGUAGCCACCUGUGACUUCACAGCCAUAAGCCAGGAUAGAAGUCAUGCCCUCUGGCUCCAAGAGCACCAGCACCUGCCCUGAGCCAAAGAAGAAUCUUCUUUUACAGUUAGCAGUACUGGAGCUAUGACACACAAUCUGCCAAUGGGCCUGGCUUGGGAAGGCUGAAAGGAGAGGACACGGCACCAGAGACUGUGCUGUAGGAAUCCAUCCCAUUGUGGUGGAGGGGCUAGAUACAACCCACCCCGGCAUCAGCGAGUCCAUGGUCGCUGGAUGGCCAGUGGGGUUGCUCUGUCUCCUGGGACACUUGUCACGGAGUCACCGGGCGAUGCUCUGGAACUGCUCCCCACAAAGCCAGGCAGGACUUUGGGGAGCCUCCUCUCCCUUGGAGCAGAUUUGGUCAGGGCAAGAAGCUCACAUGGCUUCACCUCCUGGGUCUCUCCUUGGAGCAUUCAGCAUCCUCUGCCCCUCCGUGCGCUUCCCACAGCGAGUCCGCCCAGGCGGGAUCCUGGGGAAGCCACAGGGGUCUAAAACAGAGCUUGUAGGUACAGAGAACAGGACCCCUCAGACAGGUCCAUUCUGG